AGGUUUAUUUUCAAUACCUCCCUUCUGAUUUUCACUUCUCUCCUUCCACGCCGGCACUCAGAAACAAUCUAGGUUCACCGAAGAUUACAUGCGAGUUCUUAUUACCGUGCAGAGCAAGAAACAAGAUGCAAACCGUUCAAAGAUGGAUGUUCCUGAAUGUCAUGACCGUUUUCCUGCAGACAGACAACGUGCUGAUGAGAGAAGUCAAAGUGGUGCAGUCUCCAAAUGUUCAUGUGACAGAAGGUGAAUCUGUGCAGCUGAACUGCACCUUUGAUGUACUGAACACUGUUGGACGAAUUGUUUGGAGGCGUGCCAUUGAAAACAUGGAAAUUUCGAACAGUAAUCCUUUCUAUAAGAGACGGCUGGAGAAGUCGGGGGCUGAGUUAUUUGUCCAGGGCAAGGCUUUCAUUAAACUCAACAGAGUAUUGAAAUUGGACUCGGAUUUUUACUACUGUGAGGUGGAAUUCCCGGCAAUUGGGAGUCGCAACGGGACCGCAACACAACUUGUUGUAACUGACAAAAAUAGAGCUGAUCGUCCUCCAUUGAACUUCGGUCAAUUAUUUUCACUGAUGCUGGGACUCCUGGGAUUAUUCACCCUUGUGAUCAUUGUCUUACUCUCUCGACUAUACUGUCAGCAUAAAGCUUUAUCAAGGCUAAAAGAGUCACACAUAGUCACACAGAUGAAAGGAAAUGACUGUGUACAUGAGGAAAUUGAAGCUCAGGAAACAUCUACAGGUCCAAGGCACGAGACAGUUCUGCCAUUCAAAAGCCAAAUCUCCUGUGUACCUGUGUACAGCACAGUACAAGCACUGAGUGCUGGUACAGAAAUCACCUCUUCAAAUCAACAUGUCUCUUAUGGCCAAGCCAUCUUUCAUCAGGAUUACAAAAGCUAUUGAAAAAGCUGCACUGAAGUGAAAGGGCUCCACGAGGAAUGACCGAAGUGGUAAAGCACAUGACAUGAAGUCAGUUUGUAUCUAAGAAGUCUUCUCAGGUUCUCUAACACAUCUCAGUCAGAUCAGAAACUGAUAUUAAAGA